GAAAUGUCGGCAGAUGUCGGAGACAAGGCAGGACAAACCGUGGCGAGGGGUGACUGGUGCGGGGUGCGUUCGUAUGUAACGUCGUCCAUGCUAUAAGCGCUGUAGCACGUCGGUCGGUGAGUGGCACGUACAUACAUACGUGCAUAAACGAAGUGGCAUAGAACGUAGGGCGUAGAGCGACUGUGUGUGAAGGGGGUGAGCGCUGCGUCGCGGAUACUCUCUCGCGCGCUUACCGGAGCGCUCGUCAUCGCCAUGGCUCCGUGCGCGUGGUCCUUCCGUAGGAACCUCAACCGGUUUCUCGACGUACCGAUCCUGCAGUGCUUAAUCGUGCUGAUCGGCCUUUUUAAUCUCUCCCUGUGCCUCUACGAAGAUCAAGUCGGCAAAUUCGAUUGGAGGCAGAACUACGUCGGAAAAAUUAAAUUCGCCAGCUUCGAUACGGUAUCUACGGCGAAGAAGAUUAUCGUCGCCACCGAGGAGAACGUUAUUGCUGCGCUUAAUCUGAAAUCUGGCCAAAUAUUAUGGAGGAGAGUGCUAGAAAAAGGUUAUGGCGGACGUAUCAGAACUUUAGGAGGUGUCGCGGAUGGAGACUUGAUAUCCGUGAGUGGCGGUGUUCCCGCCAUCGUUCGUGCCUGGGAUUUAGCAACCGGGCAUAUACUUAACGAAUGGCCAAUAGCUGAGCCAAAUAGUGACAGGAUAAAAGAUGUAAAAUGGCAUAUCAAAGAUGGAACGCUGCAUCAUAUAUUACCUAUUUACAAUAGUGGAGUAGAAGUAACGUCUUAUGACAGUAAGACUGGAGAAAAAUUAAAAACUCGGAGAGUUUCUGCACCAUUUAUAAGUCGAGAAACAGAAUGUGUUUUAGCAGCUCCAUAUUUAGCAUGUUUGAAGGGAGACAGUUCCUUAGCUGUAGUAUUAUUAGUACAUCUAUUCGAUACUAAUGCACAGUCACAAUCAGUUACAAUAAAUGCAAUAUUUGGGGCUGGCGCCCAAGGGCCAUAUAAAUUAGAAUCUGUACUUGGAGAGGGAUCUGUAAUUUCUAUUAAUGCCGAUAAUGACCAGAGAAAGCGAAUUUUAGUUAUUGGAGAAUUUCCGAUUCCUAUACAGAGAGAUAUCGCUGGUGAUGCAACUCUUUAUGUUGUUACUGUUGAUAAUGAGAAAAUACUUUUGGAAACAACAUAUAAAAAUGGAAAAAUAGAGAUAACAGCGACGAAUCUGUUAUCAUCUGCAGUUAUACCUGAUUUAUCGGUUACUCUGACUCAUGUUUCUGUACAAUCACCAACCAUAAUGGCAUCUGUUUGCCCACGGCAAACGAAAGGGAUAACGUGUCGUCAUUUAUUAUCCUCGCAAGAUCACAGCAUUGCACUGUUGCAACAUAAUAAACUGGUAUGGACAAGAGAGGAAGCACUUGCCAGUAUUGUGGCCGUUGAAAUUAUGGAAUUGCCUAUGUCUGACAGGGAUCAAGCUAUCGAAACAGAAUUCGAUCAGAAAGAGAGUAUUGAUGUAGACAGUUCAUGGGACGUUCUAAGUAUGUUUCUUCGAAGGAUUACUUCACAGAUUAACCAAGCCAGAGCGUUCUUUCAAACAAUACUGGAUUUGGUACCUCAACAAUCCAAUCAACGUAUUGAUCUGGUGCAAGAUAAAUUUGGCUUGCACAAAAUGAUCGUAGCCGUUACAUCCGCUGGAAAGCUGUACGGUAUCGAAACUAGAAAAGGCGAAAUUAUCUGGCAAUUCAGGUUACCUAAUAUCCGUGGUUUCACAAAACUAUCUAAUACAAUGAUUUUGUAUGUACAAAGAGGCAGCAGACAUUUUCCUCAUCCACCUCAAUGUGCACUAUUAGCAGAAGAUAAGGAAACCGGAGAAGGUGUUAUAUAUACAUUUAAUCCGAUUACCGGACAGUCAUUGGACGGACUAGUGAAACUUGGUUACAAAAUAAAACAGUCUAUGUUAUUACACGUAGCGACUGACGAUUUUUUACGCGGUAUCCUUAUUCUUGAUGUACGAGAUAAAGUUCAUGUUUAUCCCGAUAGCGCUACCGCGGUUGCAGCCUCACUCGGGAAAAAUAUAUAUCUCUUUACUGCUGAUCAAACGACAGGAAUAUUAUCCGGCUUCUCUCUUUCAUAUAGCACAACUCAGGAACUAAUCGCCCAUAAAGUAUGGGAAUUGUUACUGUCACCUAGAAACCAAAGAAUAACGCAAGUUGCAGCGAAAAAUCCGAUAGAACGUGUGCACUCUCAAGGAAGAGUUUUAAGUGAUAGAUCAGUAUUGUAUAAGUAUAUUAAUCCUAAUUUAGUGGCCAUAGUGACAGAAGGUAUUGGACAUGCCCAUAAAAAUACGCUUAAUUUAUAUCUAUUAGACGUAGUAUCUGGGGCUAUGAUUUUUUCUAUUACGCACAAAAGAAUACGUGGUCCAAUCCAUAUAGUGCAUUCGGAAAAUUGGUUGGUAUAUAGCUAUUUUAAUGAGAAAGGACGUAGAACAGAAAUCGCUACGUUAGAGCUUUAUGAAGGAAAAAUACAGAGCAAUACUACAGUGUUCUCUUCUUUAGCAACAACAAAAUUACCAAUUGUAGAAAGACAAGCUUUCAUUUUUCCGGCAUCUAUAGAGUAUAUGCAAGAAACAAUCACAGAAAAGGGUAUCACUAGCAAACAUAUAAUAGUCGCUUUAGCCAAUGGUGGAAUAUUAGAGUUGCCGUGGAUGAUGGUAGAUCCACGACGGCCUAUUAACCCUGAAAUGCGAGAAGAAGGAGUAAUACCAUACAUGCCAGAGAUUCCAGUUCAUAUGGAUGCUAUUAUUAAUUAUAAUCAAAGUGUUUCUAGGGUUAUAGGUAUUCAUACUAGUCCCAGUGGCCUUGAAAGUACUUGUUUAGUUUUUGUACAUGGUCUUGAUCUGUUUUAUACAAGGGUGGCACCAUCUAAAACAUUCGAUGUUUUAAAGGAGGAUUUUGAUUAUUAUCUUAUUGUGAUAGUACUCGCGGCGUUGUUGAUCUCAUCGUACGUCACGAAAAAAUUAGCAUCUCAAAAAGCUCAAAAGCAAGCAUGGAAAUGAUGCCUCGUUUUUCUAGAAUUGUGUAAUAUUUAUGAAUCUGUUCACUAUAGGCAAAAAUUUUUCCUAAGAAUAAGAUGUAAGAUAUACUAUUUUAUAAAUAGCUAAUUUUAAAAC